UAAAGAUACUCAGCUAUGCGGAGUCUCCGGCACUUUUUCCUCCUGCUACGAGAAGGACGCUCCCGAAGCCGCGUCCUGCGCGUGUCAAGUCAACGAAGGCUUCCUGGCCGACCCCUACGACCCACGGAAAUUCGUGAUGUGCUUGCCCGACGGGAGCCAAGUCUCCUCCUUCUGCCCGGUCGAAGGCGAGGUGUUUGACGUCGUCGGGAAUUCGUGCGGCUUGCCGACGACCACCACGACCCCUGAGCCCAUCGUGUGUGCCGAAAUCGGAUACUUCAAGCUAACGUGCACCUCCUACUACGCGUGCCCGGUGCUUGCCGAGCCGGCGCGAGUGUUCGAUUGCAGCGCAGGCGAGCUCUACGACGAAGGCGCUGCAAAAUGCGUGCCGGCGGAGGACCUUCGACCUCGUCCCUUUGUAUGCGGCUGUGACGACGGAGCAUUUCCGGACACGAUCGACUGCAGCCGUUUCCACAUCUGCGCCGCAGGGAGCGCGGUGGGAGAGCCCUUGUCAUGUCCAGAGGGCCACUCGUUCGACAGCGAACGCGGUUUCUGUGUGCAGGGAGAGUGCUUGGUGAACGAGUGUCUGGAGGCUGUUCGGAUUUAGCGCUUCCCCGAGGCAUCCCGCUGACACGUAUCGAAAGUCUGUUUGUUUUCGUUUUGUUACCACGGAGGAAGGAACGAAAUAGAAGAAAAGGGAAACACCAACGGAUGCAGAAAGUUGAUUGGGUU